CACAUCAUCUGCCUCAAUUACAGUUCGAGCGAGAGGGUGAAGGUUUGUGGCGAUGGUGUUUGUCUGACAACGAGACAAACCUUCAAAGCUAAAUGUGAUGAGGAUGACAAUGAAGAUGGCUGCUGUCUCUAAAACCACUCUGCUUCUGCUCUGCUGCUCCAUCAUCUUCUCCGCAGAUGCUCAGGAUGAAUGCAGCUAUGUCAAAACAGGAGAUAACUUUGUGGUGCCCCUGAGCCACCAACUGACCCAAACAGAAAAACUAAGAUGGACGCUCGACGGUGCUUUAAUCUUGGAUCGGAAACCAGUGAAGAGUGGACAAUCCAUGACGUCUCACAAGUUUGUCAAAGGGAGCCAGAAAGAUAUUUAUCAGAAUGGUUCCCUGAAGCUGACAAAUGUGAAAAAAGAGAGGGCAGGGAAAUACAAACCUGAGAUUUUCAGAGAAGAUGGAAUGUCGGUACAAAAUUUAAAGGUCACACAAUUAUGUGUAUUGGACCAUGUCCCGCAACCUAAAGUGAAGAUUGAAUGUGUCUCACGCAAUGUCAACCUCUCCUGCACUGUUGAUCAGUUUUUUACCCAGGACACCAGUGGUCUCACGUUUCAAUGGCUUCAGAAUGGCAAGGUGCUUGGAAAGGAGAAGAGAAAAUUUCUGAUCCAAGGAGUAAAAGCGGCGGAUAAACAUUUAUUCAGUUGCAAAGUUUCCAACCCAGUCAGCUCGAUGACCAGUGAGCCUGCUACACCAAACUGUAUUGAGCACAGGUCCUUUUUCCCUGAAAAAAUACUGGGAAUUAAUACCUGGAUUAUUGUGGGCAGUGGAGGAGGUAUUGUUCUGUUGCUGAUUAUUUUCGUCGUCGUGUAUUGCGUCUUGGCCAAACGGAAAAAACGCAUGCGACUGAAAGAUGAGGAGGAGCUUCGUUUGGAGUGGACCAAUUCUGAGCAACACCAUUGUCAUCAGCGUAAUCCUCCACACGAUCAUCACCACCACAACCAUCACCAGCAGCAGCCGGCCGGCCACACUGGCCCUCGCCAACAUCGCUCCAAACAGCACCGCGAAGUGCAGCGUCCCAGAGCCACCGAACCCUACAACGGUCAACCUCAGCCCAGCCCCAGACGAGCUGCUCAGACCCCAAAACGAGUCGCUUGCAAUCAUGACGAGCAACUUCCUCCUCUCCCCCAGCCCAGGAAGAAAGCUCCCGCAACACCGAGAGUGUGACAUGGUGUGAGUGUCGCGGUUUAGUGAGAUUAAUCACUCCUCUUUUUUUCGGGGUUCACCUGAGUAGUUUUGCCUGAUUUCUUCAUUUUCUUUCACUCGUCUCCUCC